GUUCUUUUCUCUUUUUUUCCUUCAGCUCAUCCUUUGCCCACGUACCUUCUUCUGCAGCAAGGGAUUCAUAUCAAUGCAAUACCAUUAGCCCAACAAGUCAUUCCUUGCUCUUUUGUGUGCAAAUUUACUUUGACUUCACAUAAUUCCCCCCUCUCUAUAUUUCUUUAUUCACUGCUGUGCCAAAAACUGGAGAGCUGUUUCUUCAUCAGAGUCCCACAUUGCCAUUUGUUCAUUCAUUCCAUCUGAUCCUUUUAUUUCUUUUUUUUAAUAUUAUUAUUUUAUUUUAACCCUUUAACAACUGUUAAUAUUAUUAUCAUUCUACAGAAUUAAUUGCCUAAUAUUUUUCGCGCGUUCACGCUUACAUCACAACUAUGAAACUAUUUAAAAGAGAAAAGAAGAUUCCCCCAUUACCAGAGCCGGGUACUUCGCCCGGCGUCUGUCCUGAGUUCACGGCUUCCAUCUUCUCGCGCUUGACCUUUACCUGGGUCCAGCCAGUGAUGUCUACCGGAUCAAGACGUCCUCUAGAAAAAGAAGAUCUUUGGGAGAUGACCGAAAGACGGCGCGCUAGCUACAUUUCCACCCGCUUCCGUGAGUGCUGGGGCCAAGAGCUGGCAAAGGGUAAAGGAAGUACCCUGGCCUUGAAAAACAAUGGCGUGGACACAUUCAAUUCUGACCUUCAGAACGAAAAAGAUGUGAAUGAUACGACUAUAGGCAAAAAAAGCAAAAAGAACAAGGAUAAGGAUAAGGAGAAAACAUAUCGGCCCAAGCUGUGGAAAGCCCUCAACCAAACAUUUUUUUGGCAAUUCUGGUCCGCGGGUUUCCUCAAAGUCAUCGGUGAUUCUCUCCAGGUCUUUCAACCAUUGGUUACCAAGGCUAUCAUUGACUUUGUGCAGGAUAGUGUUGUAGAUCGCGCUAAUGGCCAGUCACCUCCUCCAUUGUGGCAUGGCAUUUUGAUGGCCAUCGCUCUUUUUGUAAUGGGUAUCGCCGCUACUAUUUCUCUUCAUCAGUUCUGGCAACGUUCCACCACUACCGGUGUUGGUGUUCGCACCUCUUUAAUCACCACCAUCUAUCACAAGGGACUUGUUCUAAGUUCCAAGGCCAAGCAAGACUUUUCAACCGGAAAGAUCACCAAUCUCAUGUCGACAGAUACAACGCGUCUUGACCUCCUUACUGGCUUUUUUCACAUUCUUUGGACUGCUCCUCUCAUGAUCACCCUCAUCUUGAUUCUGCUCCUUGUCAACCUGGGGCCUACAGCUCUUGUGGGCUUCGUCUUCUUGGUUAUGUUCGGUCCUAUCCAGGCUAAAAUUGUUCAGUCGCUUUCAGUCAUUCGUCGCAAAACAUCCUUGAUCACCGACACCCGUGUCAAAUUGACACAGGAAGUACUACAAGGGAUGCGCGUAAUCAAAUUCUAUGGAUGGGAAGAGGCAUUCCUAGGGAAACUUGAGGAGCUUCGUACUAAGGAACUCAAAUAUGUCCGCACCCUCUUGAUAUCUCGUUCCGGCAUUGCGGCCGUAAACUUGACCGUUCCUGUACUGGCUGCCACAUUGACAUUUGUUGCCUACUCACUUGCCGGCAACGACCUAACCCCCGCUAUCGUCUUCUCAUCUCUGUCGCUAUUCAACAUCAUGAGAAUGCCUUUGAUGAUUUUCCCUCAGGUUUUGUCUUCCAUGGUUGAUGCAUUGGUUUCAAUUCGUCGUAUUGAAGAUAUGCUUCUGGCAGAAGAGCUGGAAGAUCUCCCUCCUGUCAACGCCAACUCGGAAUUCGCUAUUAAUGUCACGGAGGGCGCUUUCCAAUGGGACACUACACUCAAGCCUCUGACCAUGGAAGAGUUGCAGCAGCGUGAAAAAGAGGAGCGCAAGCGUGUGCUCAAUAAAAAGGAACAAAAGAAGGAGCAAAAGAAGGAACUCAAGGCCAAGGAGCGUGCGGAGAAGAAGGCGAUCAAGAAAUUGGCCAAGGCCCAUAACAUUUCAGUACUCGAAGCCGAGAAACUAUAUAGAGACAGUCAACAGGAAAAAUCCGUGUCAGAACGCUCAAGCGAAACCAACUUGGCUCAGGAAAAGAUGCUCUCCAGACUACAGGAGAGGGAUCCCUCACCUGAUACAGAGUCUAUUUUGACAAGUUCACCAGAGGAUAGCGAAGCUCAUCAAAGUUCGGUUCAGUCAGAUGACAAGGCCGCAUUCUCGCUCAAAGACAUUGAUCUUAAGAUUCCACGUGGUCAACUGGUUGCUAUCGUGGGAGCAGUCGGAAGCGGCAAAUCGUCGUUGUUGAAUGCCUUGGUCGGAGAGAUGAGGAAAAUAAGUGGCUCAAUGGAGUACGGUGGUUCGAUUGGGUACUGUCCUCAGACAGCCUGGAUUCAAAAUGCAACUGUCAAGGAUAAUAUCCUAUUUGGUCUCCCUUUGGAUGAGGAAAGAUAUCAACGUGUGAUCAAAGACUGUGCACUGGAACGUGAUAUCCAAAUUUUACCAGACGGCGAUCAGACGGAGAUUGGAGAGCGAGGAAUCAAUCUCUCUGGAGGUCAGAAACAACGUGUUAAUAUCGCACGUGCCGUGUACUUUGAUGCCGAUAUCGUGUUGUUGGAUGAUCCGUUGUCCGCUGUUGAUGCACACGUUGGCAAAUACCUCUUCAAGAACUGCAUCAUGGGCGCACUACAGGACAAGACUCGUGUCUUAGUCACACAUCAGCUUCAUGUAUUGCCUCAAGUUGACUAUGUGAUCUGUAUGAAGGAUGGAGAGAUUGUCGAACGUGGAACAUUCCAAGAGCUAAUGGCCAAUCAAGGUGAAUUCUCUUCAUUGAUGAAGGCUCACGGCGGUAUUGAGGAUAUUGAUAAGGAUUUGGAAGAGGUCAACGACGAUAAUAGCGUCGAUUCAACGAUCGCUGGAGUCAGCAAAGCUACGGAGAGCAGUAACAACAACGAAAAGAAAGAUGUCAAGGAGAAAGAAGAGUCUGGUAAAGCAUCUACAGGCCCCGGCGGCAAGCGCAAGGGGCUGAUGUCGCAAGAAGAACGUUCCACAGGGUCUGUUGAUGGCAAGAUCUAUAAGGCCUACAUUAGCGCAGCUGGUGGCAUUUAUCUACUUCCUCUUAUUUUGCUUUUACUCACACUGACCCAAGUUACUAAAGUUGGAAACGAUCUCUGGUUGAGCUGGUGGACAGCAGAUCAAUUCAACCAAACGCAAAAAUUUUACAUGGGUCUCUAUGCUGCCUGGGGUAUCGCUCAGGGUAUUUUCCAGUUCAUCAAUGGUUUCUAUUUCUCUUUGGCUGGAGCUCGCGCAGCCAAAGUUUUGCAUCACAAGGCCCUCAAGAACAUCUUCCGUGCCCCUACAUCAUUCUUUGAUACCACGCCUUUAGGGCGCAUCAUCAAUCGGUUCUCAAAAGACGUGGAUGCUUGUGAUAACUUGCUCAGCGACAGUUACAGAAUGUUCCUAGGAACUGCCUCAAUGGUUCUCUCGACCUUUAUUUUGAUCUCAGCCUUCUUCCCAUACUUCCUCAUCCCUUUAGUACCUAUGUUAGUGUUCUAUUAUUAUGCUGCGAUCUAUUAUCGAUCCUCAUCUCGGGAGCUCAAGCGUCUAGAUUCGAUCCUACGUUCAUCGCUCUAUGCUCAUUUUUCAGAAACAUUGAGUGGAUUAGCUACGAUUCGCGCUUAUCGUGUGCAAAACCGCUUCGUUGAACAAAAUGCAUACUAUAUUGAUGUGGAGAAUCGGCCUUAUUUCAUGAGCUACUCGAUCCAACGCUGGUUGGGUGUGCGCUUGGAGACGAUUGCUAACAUCUUGGUCUUAUGUACAUCGCUAUUGGGCGUCUGUGGCCGAUUUGAUAUUGCGCCUGCCACCAUCGGUCUAGUACUUAGUUAUUCCAUGAGCGUUACUGGAACUUUUAACUGGUGUGUGCGCCAGUAUGCUGAAGUGGAAAAUAACAUGAACGCAGUAGAGCGCCUGCAUCACUAUGCUGAGGAGCUCACUGUUGAGGCUCCUACGAUCAUCCCUGACAACCGUCCUGAUGAUUCUUGGCCUAGCAACGGUGCGAUCUCGAUUCGCAAUCUUGAGAUGCGCUACCGCCCUGGAUUGCCCUCAGUCCUUCAUGAUCUCUCGCUUGAUAUCAAGGGCGGUGAGAAGAUUGGUGUGGUUGGCCGUACUGGUGCCGGAAAAAGCUCGAUUAUGAUGGCUCUCUUCCGUUUGGUGGAACCAAGCAAGGGUACGAUGAUGAUUGACAAUGUCGAUAUCACCAAAAUCGGAUUGUUUGAUCUCCGCACACGGCUGGCAAUUAUUCCUCAAGAUCCUGUAUUGUUUAGCGGCACGAUCCGUUCUAAUUUGGAUCCAUUCGAGAAGCGAACUGAUCAAGAGCUCUGGGAGGUGCUUGAGCGCUCGGAUCUCAAGAGUUAUGUGGCAUCGUUGGAGGGAGGAUUGGAUUCUCAAGUGAGCGAAUUCGGUGAGAACUUGAGUGUGGGUCAACGACAGCUGCUGUGCCUGGCUAGAGCCAUGCUGACACAUGCUCGAGUGAUUAUCAUGGAUGAGGCGACAGCCUCAGUUGAUGUGGCAACUGAUGUGAUGUUGCAGAAGGCGAUCCGUGUGGACUUUGCCAACUCCACUGUAUUAACAAUUGCACACCGAUUGAACACUGUGAUUGAUUAUUCGCGCGUGUUGGUGUUGGAUCAUGGAGAGAUUAAGGAGUUUGAUACACCUGCUAAUCUGCUAAGUCGACCUGAUUCAGUCUUCUCGAGUAUGGUGGAUGAGACUGGACCGAUCAAUGCGGCUUUGCUUCGGUCGUUGGCUGCUGCUGCUGCUGCGGGCACGACAUUAAAUGUAGAGGAGGUCUUGGGAGCCAACAACAAUAACACUCCUACUGGGGACAAGGAAGAAGUGGUGUUGACAGACGAUAAAGCGGAGGUUGUUGGUGGGUACAAAGUGUAGUUUCUAUUAUAAUUAUCAUUAUUAUUAUUCUCUUUUACAAGCAUCCCUUUAAUUAUGUCUACUGCAUCCAUAUCACAUUGACAUCAAGAGGCAUUAUCAUUUCACUUAAUUAAAUGUCCCUUAAAAAUAAAAUAAAG